AUGUGCCAGUCACUCAUGCCAGGAGGCGAUGUGGCUUCCAGCAUCGAUGUCACUCAGGGCCGUGAAGUCCUUCCAAAGGCUAUCAAGCCAUCAGCUUACAAGAUCCAGCUUGAGCCUUUCUUUGAAGAUUCUACAGAUUCGCGUGGUGAACACAAAGCAUUCACUUUCGAUGGAACUGUGAUCGUUGCUUUGGACAUCGUCGAAGACACCACCGAGGUUGUCGUUAACACCACCGAAAUCAAAAUCCACUCGGCAAAGCUCUUCAAGCGCGACCAGGAAGAUCAAAUCGGUGCAUUGUCCGCUGAUGAUGUCAAGUACAAUGAGGACCUUCAAACAGCCACCUUUGACUUCCAGCAAACCCUCAAGGCUGGCACCACCGCCUCUCUUGAGAUCGCCUUCACCGGUAACUUGAACAAUAACAUGGCUGGUUUCUAUCGCUCAUCUUACAAGGACAAGGAUGGGAAGACAAAAUACCUGGCUACCACCCAGAUGGAGCCGACAGACUGUCGCAAGGCCUUCCCAUGCUUUGACGAGCCCGGACUGAAAGCCACUUUCGAGGUUUCUUUGGUCGCAGAACCACACUUGACCUGUCUUUCCAACAUGAACGAGGUCGACUCUAGUGGCAAGAUUAAUGGGAAGACUGUGCAUCUAUUUGCACCUUCUCCUCUCAUGUCGACAUAUUUGGUAGCCUUCAUCGUCGGUGACCUCCACUACAUUGAAACCAAUGAAUUUAGACUUCCUGUCAGAGUCUAUGCUACCAGCGAGGAGUCUGCCAAGCUUGGAAAGUUCAGCUUGGACCUUGCAGCCAAGACCCUCGACUUCUAUGAGAAGACUUUCGAUUCCCCAUACCCUUUGCCGAAGAUGGACAUGGUUGCUAUUCCAGAUUUCUCCGCCGGAGCUAUGGAGAACUGGGGUUUGGUCACAUACCGGGUCGUGGAUCUCCUCUUCGAUGAGACCACCUCUGGUGCCAGCACCAAACAAAGAGUUGCCGAGGUCGUUCAGCACGAACUUGCCCAUCAGUGGUUCGGUAACCUGGUUACCAUGGACUUCUGGGAUGGUCUUUGGCUCAACGAAGGUUUCGCUACCUGGAUGAGUUGGUACUCUUGCAAUGUAUUCUACCCAGAGUGGAAGGUUUGGGAGUCGUAUGUCGCCGAUAACUUGCAAUCAGCUCUUUCGCUCGACUCCCUAAGAAGCUCUCACCCAAUUGAGGUUCCAGUUAAGAAGAUUUCCGAGAUCAACCAGAUCUUCGAUGCUAUCUCUUACUCCAAGGGUAGCUGCGUUCUUCGCAUGGUCAGCCAAUAUAUUGGUGAGGAUGUCUUCAUGGAAGGUAUCAGGAAGUACUUGAAGAAGCACGCAUACAAGAAUACCGUCACUAGUGAUCUAUGGGCGGCUCUCAGCGAGGCUUCUGGAAAGGAUAUCAGCCACAUGAUGGAUGUCUGGACUCGACACAUUGGACACCCCGUCGUUAGCGUUACUGAAACUGACAACGGUAUCCAAGUUAAGCAAAACAGAUUCUUGAGGACAGCAGAUGUUAAGCCUGAGGAAGAUGAGACUCUGUAUCCUAUUGUCUUGGGCUUGAAGACCAAGGCCGGUGUUGAGGAUGUUCUAUUAACUGAGAGGGAGAAGGAAGUUAAGGUCGACAAGGAGUUUUACAAGAUCAACUCCAACCACUCUGGUAUCUACAGAACUCUCUACCCAGCCGAUAGACUCGCUAAAUUGGGUGAGGCUGCUAAGCAGGGGCUCUUGACUGUUGAGGAUCGAACGGGUAUGGUUGCCGAUGCUGGUGCUUUGGUUGCCAGUGGGCACCAGAAGACCAGCGGGUUCCUUACUCUUGUCAAGGGAUUCACAGAAGAGAAAGAGUACGUCGUCUGGAGCGAGAUCUUGAACCGAGUUGGAACCAUCAGGGGCGCCUGGGUGUUCGAGCCAACUGAAGUCAAGGAUGGUCUCAAGGCUUUCAACAACAAGAUCGUGUCGAAGCUUGCACAUGAACUUGGCUGGGAGUUCAGCGAGAAGGAUGACCAUAUUCUCCAACAGUUCAAGGCUUUGGCUUUCGGCAGCGCUGGUAUGAGCGGUGAUGAAGCCGUCGUCAAGGCUGCUCAAGACAUGUUCGCCAAGUUCACCUCGGGCGAUAAAUCUGCCAUCCACCCAAACCUUCGAAGCUCCGUCUAUGCUAUUGUGUUGAAGAAUGGAGGCAGGAAGGAAUGGGAGGUCGUCCGAGCUGCGUAUGAUACCGGUGCCAACAGCGACGAGCGAAACACGGCCCUCCGUGCUCUCGGCCGUUCUAAGGACCCACAGUGCAUCAAGGAGACCCUCGCCCUCUCGCUCUCCGAGCACGUCAAGGAGCAGGAUAUUUACUUGCCACUCGCUGGGCUCCGUGGACACGAGGAAGGUAUCACAGCUCUCUGGCAAUGGGCUAAGGAUAGCUGGGAUAUCCUUGAGAAGAAGCUCCCACCCGGUCUCGGCAUGCUCGGUAGCAUCGUCCAGAUCGUGACCAGCAGCUUCACUAGUGAAGAACAGAUUGCAGAUGUUGAGGCAUUCUUCAACACCCGCAACACCAAGGGAUUCGAUAAGGGUCUAGCGCAAGCUUUGGAUUCCGUCAAGGCGAAGGCCAGUUGGUUGAAGAGAGAUAGGGAGGAUGUUAAGGAGUGGUUGAAGAGUGAGGGCUAUCUGAACUAG